AUGUCGUUCUUCAUCAAGAACCCUAAUGUGGGCAACCACGACCACCUAGAAGACUCUCGCAUUGUCGGCUACAACCCCCUCACCCCACCCAACCUCCUCCAGCACGAGAUCGCAUUGACCGAGAAGGCCCGCCAAACCGUCCUCACCGGCCGCAAUGAAGCUGUCGAAAUUGUCCAUGGCACAGACACCCAGCGCCAACGGCUAAUGGUCGUCAUCGGCCCGUGCUCAAUCCACGACCCUGAAAUGGCCCUCGAAUACUGCGACCGCCUAAUGAAGAUGAAGGAAAAGUACGCCGACGACCUCCUCAUCGUCAUGCGCUCCUACCUCGAGAAGCCCCGCACAACCGUCGGCUGGAAGGGCCUAAUCAACGACCCCGACAUCGACAACAGCUUCAAGAUCAACAAGGGCCUACGCGUCUCCCGCCAGCUCUUCGUCGACCUCACGAACAAGGGCAUGCCCAUUGCCUCCGAAAUGUUGGACACCAUCUCCCCCCAGUUCCUGGCAGACUGUUUGUCCGUCGGUGCUGUUGGUGCCCGGACCACUGAGUCGCAGGUCCACCGAGAACUGUCGUCUGGUCUUUCUUUCCCUGUCGGAUUCAAGAACGGCACUGAUGGAUCGCUUGAUGUCGCUGUUGAUGCUAUUGGUUCCGUGAAGCACCCUCAUCACUUCUUGUCUGUUACGAAGCCCGGUGUUGUUUCUAUCGUCGGUACUGUGGGCAACCCGGAUUGCUUCGUUAUUCUGCGGGGUGGAAAGAAGGGUCCCAAUUACGAUGCUGCUAGCAUUGCGGAGGCGAAGACUAAGCUUGAGGCUAAGGGGUUGCGGCCUCGUUUGAUGGUUGAUUGUAGCCAUGGAAACUCGGAGAAGAAUCACAAGAAUCAGCCCAAGGUUGCUGCCGUGCUUGCCGAGCAGCUUGCUGCUGGUGAGGAUGCUAUCAUGGGUGUUAUGAUUGAGAGUAAUAUCAAUGAGGGUAACCAGAAGGUCCCCGCGGAGGGCAAGGCCGGUCUCAAGUACGGUGUCAGUAUCACGGAUGCUUGUAUCAGCUGGGAGGAUACCGAGUCAGUAUUGGAGACUUUGGCUCAAGGUGUUCGCGCACGUCGCGAGAAGUCGCAAACGAAAUAA